CUUGUUUCUCCUUCUACCUUUCUGUAUGUUCUUCUGUUCGUUGUCAUCCCUUCUUCAGCUCAUACUAAAGUAUUGUGCCUCUCCACUUCUCCUUCUGUUCCAUGCUUCUCCUCCCAUCUCUCUUCAUUCUGCACCCAAGCUGUUUCUUUUGUAUCUUCCUCUUUGGUCACUUUGAUAUCGGAAAGUGUUGUUGGUAUAGUCAUGUUCAGAGGGGAUUUAGUAACAGAGAAUGUCCCUAGUCUGGCCUUAAUUCUUGUGUGAGAAAUGUCUAUUAUCCUUCUCAUUCUAUGGCUCUGCAUUGUCUCAGCAUUUAUGCACAUUACUUCUGUUAGAAACACUUGUAGAUCUUUUAUGCCCAGUGAUCCAGAAUCAUAGAAUGCCAUGCAGCUCACAUUGGCUUAAUUCUGCUGCUGCCUGUUUAGUGGUGGGAAAAAUCUUUCACUAAUUUCCUUCUAAGGCUGCUCCCCAUGGCUUCCUCUCUGUGUCCACUUUCCUUUGCUGAUAAGGACUUCAGUCAAAUUGGAUUAUGGCCCACCCUCAUUUGGUUUGGGCACACCUUAAUUUAACAUCUUUGAAGAUCCUAUUUACAAAUGGACGCACACCUAUGGAACCAGGGGCUGGGACCUGAACAUACUUUUAUGGGGGACAUGAUUCAAUCCCCAGCAGUGACCAUCUGAUCUACUUCAGGUUCUGUGGCCUUUCAAAGUGGAAGAUGCUAAGGGGGGAGCUUUCUGAUAUUAUAGUUACCAGUAAAUUAGAGGCUAUGACUUUGUACCCUUCACCAGAGGGAUAAGACUACAGGACUUAGCUGCAAAAGACCUAGCUCUGAAGGAAGUAGAGGCAGGAUGUUUGUGGUUUGAUAGGAAUAUUUCCAAGUUAUCGGAACAUACUGAAACAUUACAAGAAAGGUCAUGAAAGAUUCAUGACCUAUUCAGCAUCCAAACCAGCAAAAGUUCAGCAAUAGGAAGAUGGUGAAAGAUAAAGAAGGUACCUCAACAAAGAAAAGUGUGUCAGUGAUUUUCCAGAGAUCCUAAAUAAAAGUUGUAAACAUGUCCUCCAGGCGGUCCCAAACUCUUCACUGAAACAAGAGAUUUAGCCAAGCUGGUUGUGAAACUUCCGGUAGUUUCAGGACUGUGACUUUUACCCCAACCACAGCUCUUAGCUCAAGUAGCUAAGGCAAAGUAAACCACUUGUACAGCGCAAAAGGCAUCGCAAGCCUGGACUGAAAGCCAAGCCACCAGGAAAGUAGGAGUGGGAGUCCUGCCAGAGGCUGGAGGUGGGAACUGGCUGGGAACCAGCUUGGGAUAGAAAGCAGAGGUCGGAGCUCAGUUGCGGAGGCAUCCGCGAGGUUCCCACACCAGCAGUAUGAGGUACCUGCCGUUUCUGCUGCUCUGGGGGCUCCCCCAAGUUUGGAGAAGUUCUAAAGGCGAGUGGAACGAGGGUGCCCGAGUUCUGCAAGAGAAUUUCCCCCUCCGCUGCCUCCAGAUCUCCUCCUUCGCCAACAGCAGCUGGACGCGCACAGACGCCACCGCGUGGCUUGGAGAGCUGCAGACCCACAGUUGGCACAAUGACUCGGACACCAUCCGCUUACUGCGGCCCUGGUCCCAGGGCAAUUUAAGCGACCAGCAGUGGGAGGAUCUGCAGCAUAUAUUUUGGGUUUAUCGAAGAAGCAUCACCAGGGAUAUUCAGGAUUUCGUCAGAAUACUGCAUUUAACCUAUCCCGUUGAGGUCCAGGUGUCUGCUGGCUGUGAGGUGCUACCUGGGAGUGUCUCAAAAAGCUUCUUACAUGUAGCAUAUCAAGGAAAAGAUCUCCUGAGUUUCCAAGGAACUUCAUGGAAGCCUGCUCCAGGGACCCUACCUGGGGUCCAGACAGUCAUUAAUGUGCUCAACCAGGACAAAGGGAUUGUGGAAACAGUGCAGUGGCUCCUCAAUGACACCUGCCCCCGAUUUGUCAGUGGCCUCCUUGAAGCAGGGAAGUCAGAACUGGAAAAGCAAGUGAAGCCUGAGGCCUGGCUGUCCAGCGGCCCCAGCCCUGGUCCUGGCCGUCUGCUGCUGGUGUGCCACGUCUCAGGAUUCCACCCUAAGCCUGUGUGGGUGAUGUGGAUGCGGGGUGAGCAGGAGCAGCCGGCCACUCAGCGAGACGAUGUCCUGCCCAAUGCUGACGGGACAUGGUGGCUCCGGGUGACCCUGGAUGUGGCAGCUGGGGCGGCGGCUGGCCUGUCCUGCCGAGUGAGGCACAGCAGCCUAGGAGGCCAGGACAUCAUCCUCUACUGGGGAGAUGGGAGACACACCUCCGUGGGCUUGAUCAUCUUGGCAGUACUGGUGUUCCUUGUGCUCAUUGUAGGCUUAACCGUGUGGUGUAGGAAGUACCGCUUCUAUGAAGGCAUCCCGUGACUCUCCUCAUGAUGCCUGUCUCUCUGGAGCCCAGGACCUCAAGUUCCUAGGACUUCAGCCCUGGUCUGCUUAGGAAUUGAGAGUGAAAAAGAGGUACUUCGAGGAAGUAGGGAACAAUCAUAAGGCUGAUCUGGUCACAUCCUUUUAAUAUUUUAUCCAAAAGAAUUUAUGUUCAUUUCCAUUAGAUUACAAGUCUAUAAGCCCAAGUGAUUCUUUCAAAACAGAGGUGCAACCUCAGAAUCUCACCAGGGACAAGUAGAUUAUGAAGGGGAUGUAAGUGCUUGUGUGUUUAGUGUUUUAAUGAUGGGAUCUGCAAUGAACAGGAAAGCAGCUAGAGCUGCUUGUUGUGAUGUAUAAGUUCAGGCUCAGCUUUGGCUGCAAUCGACAUUUUUCAAGAAAAACUGGAGUAUAUACACACGAUGGAAUACUACACGGCAGUAAGGAUUGAGGUCGUGAAACAUAUGACAUGGAUGAAACUUGAAGACAUAAUGCUGACUGAAAUAAGCCAGGCACAAAAAGAGAGAUAUUGUAUG